GCUUCAAAAGCAUAUACUAAUUAUCGGUGAAAUCUAUAUCAUUUCACUUUGAUACAAAAGGAACACGUGAUUGGAAAAAACUAUUCUUACAAUUUCGAAAUGGCAAAACUUUAUUCAUAUUAUACGCUAUGUCCUCUUAUUGAUCAACAAAAUUUAUUGGGCGUUGAAAGAGAUUCAGAAAGCGGAUGUGCAAUUGUAACGUUAGGAAGAAAUAUUGUAAUCCGAUAUAAGUUACAAGAUUUAAAGCAGCUAAGUAGUUGGACAAGUAAAGAUCGGUUAACAACACAAGUUAUUUACGAUGAAACAACACGUCAGUAUGCCGCAAUAUUUAACGAAAAAAAAAUACGUCUUUGGUCUGCCGAAGAAACAGAUUUAAAUAAUAUCAAAGCCUAUAAAUUUCAAUCCGCUUUGCACACCAUUCUUACACUUAAAGACUGUUCUCCUGUAUUGGUACGCAAAGAUGGAUGUACUGCCUCAUUAGAAAGAGCUAUACAAAACAGGAAAUCCUGGUCCAAAGUAGGGAUAUUAAAUGCUAACGAAAAAAUUUUAGAUUGUCAUUUGAUUCGUACUGGCGACAAAAUAAAUUUAUGUAUGUUAACUGAAAUUGAUGGAACUUAUAAGUGUGUUGUAGUUAGACUUAACAAUGAGACCUAUUCCGAAGAAAUAGAUUAUAUUAAGAGAAUGGAAUUAAAGCGAAGAUCAGAGGAGUUAGUUGGUCAUACAGUAUUACAAGCUAAAAAUAAAGCAUGUCUUUUAACAUUGUGGUCACAUGGUAGAUUAUAUAGUCAUCCUUUAAUGGAAACCAAUAGUGAAAAUGGUUUAAGUACAUUAAUUGGCAUCAUCAGUAAUAUUAAUACUAAACAUCCAGUAGUCAUGACAUCUUUAAAUGAGGCAACUAUAGCAGUUUAUGGAGCUGAUAUUUCUGAAGAAGGAUCUGUUUUAAUGAUUUAUAAUGUACAAUUCAAAUUAAUACAAGAUGCACAGAAACUGAAAUUAUAUACAAAAGAUGCAAAACUAUGGAAAAUUGAAGAUAAAUUAUUGCUUGCUGCUAAUAGACACUUAGCAAUUGCACCUUACCAUCUUGCACCUCAGAAAAUAGCAACUUUGCUUGGAUCCUCCUUACGUUUUAGAAACGAUGACGAGAAUGUAGAAGACAAUGAUAUUGUUGUAGUACAAGAGUCAACAAUAGCACAUUGGGAAAAGAACGGAACGACUUUUGUUAAACAAAUAACGCAAAAGCUUCCAAUAAAACUUUCAAAACAAAUAUCCUCUUACAUAAAUGAAGGAUUGAGCGAUGCUGCGAUACAAGAGAUAUUAAUUCCGCAAUUAAUAGAAUCCAAAGAUGUCGAAGCAAUCAUAUGGUGUUUAAAUAAUUUUAAAGAUUUACCAGAAAGAUUAUUGAUCGAUCUUUUAAUCUUCUCAUUAAGGAAUCCUGAUGAAACGUUCUUACCGUUACAAAAUGGUACAACUGAUAAUUUACCAACCACCAAAAAUAUAUAUUCAAGAAAUAAUUUUCUUGAUAAAAUUUUUAGUCUUACUUAUUCUAACAUUUCUUUAUCGUCGUACCUUAAAAGUAGUUUAAAUUUUGACGAAAUACUUCGACUAUUGCAAUAUUUAAUACAAAAAUUAGACGCCCAAGAUUUUUGUUAUGAUAUCGUGCAGCAACCGACCGACAAACAACUGUAUGAAUGGUCUAGUCUUCUGUUAGAAUCUCAUUAUCAACAUUAUGUAUUAUCGCGAGAUCCAGAAGUAUCCACGCUGCUUAAUAAACUUAACUAUGUUUUAGACGAUCAUUUACAAGUAUUCAAAGAUAUGGAAAAUAUGAGACCCAUUUUAAAAAGAACAAUUAGUGGCAAAUCAUCGAAACUGUUACAAAAAAAUCGCAACAAGUUUUAUACAAUAGAAGAAAUAAAACUCUAUUAA